AUUAGUCCCGGCCGAGAGUUUGCUGCCUGCCUGCCUGCCUGCCUGCUGCCAUCGACUCCUGCUUCCCUCCCCGCUCCCGGCUUCUGCAGCCCAGUUCCUAGGGGCCCCUCGACUACAAUUAAAAUGUUUGACGGCUCCUUCCUGUUCUUUACCUCGCCCCCGCUCUUCGCUCUGCUGCUCGUCCUUGGCCAAGCGAGUCCCGAGACAGCUGUCGCGGAGCUGGCCGUGGUGAUUCCAGAGCAGGUUCCUCUUGACAGAGUCCAUUUUCUGCAACCACCCAAAAGUGGCCCUAACAAGGCUCGGAGGCGACGUUCUGUGUCCCUACCAUUGGCUGGAGAUGCUGCCCAAUUGCUUAUUCGCCUGCCUCUCAGUGCUGGGCUUCAUCCUACCUCUGAUCUGUACCUGAUGCUCCACCACGACGAUCAGUUUUUGGCUCCUGGUUUCUCCGUAGAAGAAAUCGACGAGGACCGAAGCAUCCACCAUCAUCGGGCGGUAGACCAGCUCUGCUUCUACACGGGCCAUGUGCUCAACCGCAGUCACGAAUCUUUUGCUUCACUCAGCACCUGUGGUGGACUGGUUGGCCACAUCCAGAUCGGUCUAGAAGAGGUGCAGAUAGAGCCUGUGAACGGCUCUGAAUCUUCAUUCCAUGGGAAAGAGCAUUUCAUCAGGAGGAAGAGGUCCAGCCCGGGCCGUCCUUUGAAGUCAACGAUCCCUAUGGAGCACUGCAGUGUGUUACCAGAAAAAAAGAAGUCUCCAAAAGGCAAUCAUCUCCACGACUGGAAAGGACGGAGGAACGCCAUUCGUCUCACAAAUGAGUACACAGUGGAAACGCUUGUAGUGGCAGAUGCUGACAUGGUCCAAUAUCAUGGGGUUGAUGCGGCUCAACGAUUCAUCCUUACUGUGAUGAACAUGGUUUAUAACAUGUUUCAACACCAGAGUCUUGGGGUGAAAGUCUACGUUCGAGUGACAAAGCUUGUCUUGCUUCGAAGACGGCCUGCCAGGUUGUCCAUAGGUCACCAUGGAGAGAGGUCCCUGGAAAGCUUUUGCCAAUGGCAAAAUGAAGAGUUUGGGGGUGCAAAGUACCUUGGGAACAAUCAGGUUCCCGGAACACGAGAUGACACUCUUCCAGUAGAUGCUGCUGUCUUUGUUACAAGGACAGAUUUUUGUGUCCAUAAGGAUGAGCCAUGUGACACGGUGGGCAUUGCUUACCUUGGAGGAAUCUGCAGCUUGAAGAGGAAGUGUGUCCUUGCAGAAGACAACGGACUCAACCUGGCCUUCACUAUUGCUCAUGAACUGGGACACAACAUGGGUAUGAGUCAUGAUGACGACCACUUGUCCUGCGCUGGGAGAUCUCACAUCAUGUCCGGAGAAUGGGUGAAAGGCAGAAAUCCCAGUGACCUAUCCUGGUCUUCCUGCAGCCGAGAUGACCUCGAAAAGUUUUUAAAGUCCAAAGUCAGCAACUGUUUGCUGGUAACAGAUCCACGUAGCCGAUAUGCUGUCCGCCUACCUUAUAAACUCCCAGGAAUGCAUUAUAGCGCAGAUGAGCAAUGCCAGAUCCUCUUUGGAACCAACGCAACUUUCUGUAAGAAUAUGGAGCAUUUGAUGUGCGCUGGUCUCUGGUGUCUUGUGGAAGGAGAUGCUUCUUGUAAAACCAAACUGGAUCCUCCUUUGGAUGGGACAGAAUGUGGGGCUGACAAGUGGUGCCGAAUGGGAGAGUGUGUCAGCAAAACCCCCAUCCCUGAACACAUUGACGGUGAUUGGAGCAUCUGGAGUCAAUGGAGCAUGUGCAGCCGGACGUGUGAAACCGGGGCCAGAUUCAGGCAACGCAAAUGUGACAACCCUCCGCCUGGCCCUGGAGGUAAGAACUGCCAUGGAGCAAGUGUGGAACACACUGUGUGUGAAAACUUGCCGUGUCCCAGAGGAGUGUCCACCUUCCGCGACCAACAGUGUCAAUCUCAGGACCGCUCGACCAACAAGAAGAAAAGUUUAUGGACAGCUGUCAUCGUGGAUGAAAAACCUUGUGAGCUAUAUUGCUCUCCAUUUGGGAAAGACUCUCCUGUGUUGGUGUCCGAUAGGGUCAUUGACGGUACACCCUGUGGACCUUAUGAGACUGACCUCUGUGUUCAUGGCAAGUGCCAGAAAAUCGGCUGUGAUGGGAUCAUUGGAUCCUCUGCCAAAGAAGAUCACUGUGGCAUUUGUAACGGAAAUGGGAAAACCUGCAAAGUGGUGAAAGGUGACUUCAACCAUACGAAAGGGAUGGUCUCCAAUAGUCAAUGUAAGAAAGUUUCCACCUGUGUGAUGGCCAGGACAAAGGCAGUGCCCAAGUGUUUCUCAUGUUAUAUCGAAGCAGCCGUGAUUCCUGCUGGAGCUCGACGUAUCCGUGUGAUGGAGGACAAACCUGGCCACAGUUUUUUGGCUUUGAAAGAUUCCAGUAAGAAAUCCAUUAACAGCGACUGGAAAAUUGAACUUCCUGGUGAGUUUCAGAUAGCGGGAACAACCAUCCGUUACGUACGAAGAGGUCUGUGGGAGAAGAUGUCUGCCAAAGGACCAACCAAAAUACCGCUUCAUCUUUUGAUACUGUUAUUCCAUGACCAGAACUAUGGGAUACAUUACGAAUAUACCAUCCCUGUGAAUUAUUCUGCUGAAAAUAGAAGCGAGCCAGAACAUCAGCAGGAAUCGCUGUACAUAUGGACGCACAGUGGAUGGGAGGACUGCAAUGUACAGUGCGGAGGAGGGGAAAGGAAAACUACUGUGUCGUGCACCCAGAUUGUUAACAAGUCUAUGAUGUUGGUGAACGACAGCGCUUGCCAGCGGGCAACCCGUCCUGAGCCACAGGUCAGAAGGUGCAAUGCCCAUCCUUGCCAGUCCAGGUGGGUUACGGGGCAGUGGAGUCCUUGCUCCUCAACUUGUGCCAAAGGCCUCCAGCAUCGGGGAGUGACAUGUGUCUAUCAACUGCAGAACGGGAGCUAUGUCAACACGAGAGAGCUCUAUUGCCUUGGUCCCAAGCCAUCCACGAUACAGAGCUGCGAAGGCCGAGAUUGCCUUUCCAUUUGGGAAGCCUCAGAGUGGUCGAAGUGUUCCUCUGAUUGUGGAAGGGGAAAACAGAAGAGAAAAGUCAUGUGUACCAACCCACAAGGAAAGUGUGAUGCAGCAAUGAGGCCAAGGGACGAAGAAGAGUGCGAAGAUCACACUGGAUGCUAUGAAUGGAAAACCGGAGAAUGGUCCAAGUGUUCCUCAACAUGCGGCAAAGGCCUUCAGUCCCGUGUGGUCCAGUGCAUGCACAAAGUCACAGGUCGCCACGGCAACGAGUGUCCCACCUUCUCCAAACUUGCAGCCUACCGACAGUGUCAUCAACAGGCCUGCAAUGAGAAAAUCAACGUCAACACAAUUACCUCUCCAAGGCUCGCCGCUCUGACAUACAAGUGCACGGGGGACCAGUGGGCCGUUUAUUGUCGAGUGAUCCGGGAGAAGAACCUUUGUCGGGACAUGCGAUGGUAUCAACGCUGCUGUCAAACCUGCAGAGACUUCUAUGCAAGCAAGAUGCAGCAGAAGAGUUAAUGCAAUCCGCCAAGGCUCCUUAGGGAAUGUAUAGCUCAUUCGUACUUCUUCCUACGAUUAUAUCAUUAACUUAUGGAACUCGUUGCCACAAGACGUGGCGAUGCCUAUUUCAGCUUAGAUUAGAUAAAUUUAUAGGGGAAAUGGGGUCUAUUGAUGGCCAAUAGCCAUGACAGCUAACUACAGAGCCUCUAUGGAGGGAGGUCAUCUACCUUUGCAAUGCAAGUGCUAAUGAUAUCGCAUUGGAAAGGCCAAAAUUACCUUUCGUACAGCUGGACGUUAUUGAAAAGAAGAAGCUUGACAAGAGACGGACCUCGAUUUAAUUCAGCAAGGUCACCCGCAUCUGAAAAUUGCAAACGCAAAAUAUCUGUUUCAUUUCAAACACAAGUUGCCACCAAUGAAUUCCUUAAUAAGACUUGAAACUCCUUUUUGCAGACUGGAUGAAACGAACGCAAGAUCGCCACAAAAAAAAGGAAAGGAAAGGAAAGGAAAGGAAAGGAAAGAAAGAGAAAGAAAGAAAGAAAGAAAGAAAGAAAGAAAGAAAGAAAGAAAGAAAGAAAGAAAGAAAGAAAGAAUUCAUCUCAAAAACCAAUACUGCACAACGUUAGGAUAUGUUUGGCAUGGCUGCAUUUUUUUUUUGUUUUGUUUUGUUGUUUCAUUAAUAUAUAGAUUAUUGCACAAGCCACUGGCUGGCUGGUCACCAUUUUCUAAUUUUUAUUUUUCAAGGAAAAGAUUCAGAGAGCAAUUAAAUUGACUGGAGACGUAAUGCACCUCUGCAGAUAAGCCUGCUGUGAGUAAUAUCUCUAUCUACAUCUCUGGAUGGUUGAAAGGGAAAAAACCAUUAAUGAAAUAAAAUCUUAUAUAAUUUUACUAGAAAACAGAAAGCAGCAACUAAGGCUUCUGAAUCUUCUGAAAGAAAUCUACUGUAGCCCCUCAAUCCUCCACUAAGUAUAAUUUCAGAGAAUUUUUUUUUUAAAUAAAACCCUAAUUAAUAGCCAUCUUUCCUCUCUCACCUAAAAUAUAUGUAUUUAUAUUCAUUUUUCUCUGGGCUGGGGUUCUGUUUAAUAUUUUAGACUAUUUUAGAUUAUUUUAGACUACAGUGCCCAGCCUCAGCUAAGAUGGGAAUUCUGAUAAGUGGUAGCCUAAUGCGUCUGAAAUUUUUGAUACAACAAUAAAUAACAGAUAAAUUUUGUAAGCCCAUAUUGAAAUAUUGUAUUACAUAGUCAAUAAGUUAAAACCAGACCAUGUUUAUAGGUAUUGUUGUCUGUCUGUCAGUCCAGACUCAGAAAUUGUGGAGAAAACGCAUCUGAUCCAAUAUGUGCAUUUGCAACAAUGUAGGUAUAUAUACCACUUAUGCAGGUAGUCCUCGAUUUACAACCACAAUGGAGCCCAAAAUUUCUGUUGCUAAGCGAGAACAGUUGUUACGGGAGUUUUGUCCCGUUUUACGACCUUUCUUGGCACAGUUGUUAAGUGAAUCUGACCCCAGUUGUUAAACGAUUACAUGUUUUGUUAAGCGAAUCUGACUUUGCUUGUCAGAAGAUCGCAAAAAGUGAUCACAUGAUCCCGGGACACUGCAACCAUCAUAAAUGCAUGCCAGUUACCAAACAUCUGAACUUGGAUCCCAUGACCAGGGAGAUGCUGCUUUCAUGGCCAUAAGUGUGAAAAACGGUUAUUAUAAGUCACUUUUUUUUUCCAGUUCCGUUGUAACUUUGGUCACUAAACAAACUCUUAUCCGUCAGGGGCUACCUGUAUAAACCACCUAUACAUUUGGCAUGAUACGUUUCAAUAAGAUGGCAGCAUUGACCAUAGAAAGUUUCAUUUACUUGAUAGCACCCAUGACUUCAAGAUCAGGAAACAUGAGAAUGCAAGAUGGUUGUUGUGAACCUUUGUCCCCCAGCCUCAGAAGCAGCUGAGAUUCUAAGGUGGAAAGUCUUACUAGACACGAAGAUAGAUAGAUAGAUAGAUAGAUAGAUAGAUAGAUAGAUAGAUAGAUAGAUAGAUAGAUAGAUAGAUAGACAGACAGAUGGAUAGACAGAUAGACAGACAGACAGUUCCUUUUCUGCUAUUUCUCCACCGUUUCAUUUUAUAACCUGAGCAUCUUCUCAAGGCUCUGAGCCAACACUAGAGCUGCUCUUUCAAAGGGGAGGAAGAAACUCAACAGGGCCAAUGAAACAACAUAUCAUCUCUGAGAUGUCCUAUAAUGGCUAGUUGUCAUUCAAGCAUGGAACGGAUCAAGCAAAGUAUUGCCCCAAGACUGAAGGGUCUCCGCGUCUUAUCUCACCUGAUUGGAACGUCCUUUAUUAACAGUAUCCAGACAAAGCGUUUGCACAAUCAGCAUCUCCCAACGCCCUCAGGGAAUUAAACGUUCUUGGAAAACUGUUUUCACGUUAGGACACUCAGAUAUCUCAUCAGGCAGCAGUCAAGCAGAUGGAAAGGUCUGGAUAUUACAACUUGGAGUUUGCAAAAAUGCAGAGAUAUACAGCCGGAUGAGCAUCAUUAUAAUAAAAUAAAAUAAAAUAAAAAAUGCACAUUAUGCCUUGCUGGAACGAAGCCAUAACAGACAUUCCUCAAAGUCCCUUUUUGGAGGAAUUACACCUCUACCAAGAGUCGCACUUUUCAGACGAAGAAAAGUGGAUCCUGUCAGAUCAUUCCAAGCAAGAGAAAAAGCUAACGGUGCUCAAACGUUCAGGGCCAAUGCCUUCUCGAGGCAAUGGGAGUAUUUGCAAUGCAAAUGAAGCGGAGCAGGAGAAGUGUGCUUACCCCGAUAUCAAAUUCCACUGGUGCUUAAGCUCCUGCUCUCCUGAAUUAUCAGGAUCAGAAGCAAAAAAGUUGGCUCUGGUGUAAGUUGUUACGACAUUUAGUCCAUACAAGUAAUGGUACAGUGGUGAGUUUGCAGCUAUCCCCGUUGACCUCUUGAGGGGUCCAGGGAUGAGCGCAGUGUCAAAGGAUCCAUUUUGUUACUUGCUAGCCUAAAUCCCAAAGGUGCGCUUUUUUUCAAGAGGCAACUGGACUUUCUGGUUUUUCUUUGAAGACGUUUCGCUUCUCAUCCAAGAAGCUUCUUCAACUCUGACUGAAUGGAAGGAUUUAUACCCCUUGCAGGCAACUGGUUGUUUGCAUGCUUUUAGCGAGUCGUUAAGGUCACCUGGAGAUUUGACCAGCUGUCUGCAAGGAACAGUGGUGGGUUUCAAAAAAUUUUACUACCAGUUCUGUGGGUGUGGCUUGGUGGCCGUAAUUUGGUUAGGUGGGCAUGGCAGGGGACGGAUAUUGUAAAAUCUCCAUUCCCUUCCCACUCCAGGGUAAGGAUACUGUAAAAUCUCCAUUCCCUCCCCACUCCAGGGGAAGGAUACUGUAAAAUCUCCAUUCCCUCCCCACUCCAGGGGAAGGAUACUGUAAAAUCUCCAUUCCCUUCCCACUCCAGGGUAAGGAUACUGUAAAAUCUCCAUUCCCUCCCCACUCCAGGGUAAGGAUACUGUAAAAUCUCCAUUCCUUUCCCACUCCAGGGUAAGGAUACUGCAAAAUCUCCAUUCCCACCCCACUCCAGGGAAAGAAUACUGUAAAAUCUCCAUUCCCUCCCCACUCCAGGGUAAGGAUACUGCAAAAUCCCCAUUCCUUCCCCACUCCAGGGUAAGGAUACUGCAAAAUCCCCAUUUCCUCCCAAUCAGCUGGGACUCGGGAGGCAGAGAACAGAUGGAGGCGGGGCCAGUCAGAGGUGGUAUUUACCAGUUCUCUGAACUACUCAAAAUUUCCACUACUAGUUCUCCAGAACCGGUCAGAACCUGCUGAAACCCAAUUCUGGAAAGGAGUAUAAAUCAUUCAACCUACAUGUACACAGUAUACUUCACCACUGGGGAUUGUUGUUUGUAAUACGGUAAGCCGCAAAGCAGGCUUGGGAACUUUUCCUGGGAUGCAAAUGCUUUCAAUCAUUCUAAUUUUGGCCAACAUUUUUUUAACUUCGCUUCUCCUGUGGUGAAGCCAUAUUGAUGAAUGUAAACUGUAAAGAAAUCUCACUACGUUGUAUGAGGCGUAAGCGUCAAGGUGUAUUUUACAGCCUUGUCAGUCAUCAUGCAGGGUUAGCGAACAUCUCUGUAUCAUUUCCUACAAUCCAGAUAGUUUCUGUAAUUCUAUGUCGGGGUGACUGGUAAGCAAACUACCUUCCAAGAGCAUUUGACCACCGUUAUCUAUACAGGUAGUCCUCGACUUACGGCUGCUAAGGAGCCCAACAUUUCUGUUACUCAGCAGGACAAUGGUUGAGUUUUGCCCCGUUUUAGGACCUUUCUUGCCACAGUUGUUAAGUGAAUUACCGCAGACGUUGUUAGUAACAAAGUUGUUAAAUGAAUCUGGCUUUCCCAUUAACUCACAAAAGAUGACACUUCCAACCGUCAUAAGUAUAUGUCAGUUUCCAAGCAUCCAAAUUUUGAUUGCCUGCUUGCUGCAACGGUUGUAAGUGUGAAAAAUGAUUAUCAUUGCCAUUGUAACUUCGAAUGGUCACUAAAGAAAUGGUUGUAAGUGGAGAACUACAGUUGGGUGGCAGGGGAUAGGCACUUGGGCCUUUCAUUCUACUUAAAGCAAUAUUUUUAUUGGUUAAGUUUCAGCUCAGCACUCCUGCAUUGUCAUAUUUCCACUGUGACAAAGCCUUAUUCUAUGUACUGUUCCAUGAAGUACUGUACAUUUAUAGUUGCACAAUUUGUCACUUAUGAGCGUAGGAAUUUCACUACCAUUUGGUGCUAGUUUUUUCUCCCUUUGUGAUUUAAAGAAAUCAUUUGCAGCUGAAUAUUGAUAUUUUAUUCCAAUACAAGGCAAUAAUGUAAUGUAACGUUGUUCAAUACAGAGCAAAAAUGUAUGUGUUUGUGUGUGUAUACAUAUACAUAUACAUAUGUAUAUGUAUAUGUAUACACAUAUAUAUAUGUAUACACAUAUAUAUAUGUAUACACACACACACUCACAUAUAUAUAAAGCGAUUAGAUAUGAAUUAUAGUCAAAAUAAUAUUUCUAAUUCUUUUUCCUGGUGCUGGUUAAAAUUGGUCACAGAAAUACAGUCAAGCUGAAUAAAACUAAUUGUAAUAUUUUUUUUAAAAAAAAGAGUAAUUCCACUCUGGAAAUUAAAGAAGCUUCAUUGUGUUUAAAAUAAAUAUUAAUAUUAAAAAUUAAAUAAUAAAUGUAUUUUUUCCAAAAUUUCAACAAGCCGUGCCUUUCUUUGCAAUAUGUGGAGUUUAUUCAAAAUAAAUUAUUGAUACUGCCCUACUGGGGAAGAGUCACAAUUUUAUAUUUCAUUGUCCUUAAGCAUUUUUUCCACAGAGGCUGAGAAGAAACACAACCAGCAGAUAAAAAGUCAAUCUUCAAAAUUAAUUUACUUGAAUCAAUCAAUCAGUAUAGAGCUGGA